GCCACAAACCCUAACGCCAGGCCUCCAGUUUCCGCGGCGGAGCAGGCUAGGGUAAGUGCGACUCUGGUGCAGCAGACGGCUCUGAAAUCUUCCCGCGCUUUCUUCUCAAAGGAUGGAUCAGAUGAUGAUGAGAUGAACGAGGAUGAGGAUGACGAUGAUGAAGAGGAGUCUAGGGCUUUAGAGUUCUUUGUAGGUGUUUUUGACAAGGAUGAUAAGUUGAGAGAGUAUUAUGCGAAACACUAUGAGAAAGGAGAUUUCUUUUGUUUGGUUUGCGAAGGGAUUCGGGUGAAAUUGGGGAGGAGGUAUGUUGAUUGUGUUGGGCUUGUGCAGCAUUCGAUUGCAAUAACAAAGACAAAGAGGAGAGGAGCCCACCGGGGGUUUGGUCGCGCGGUGUGUCGGGUUCUUGGGUGGGAUAUUAAGAGGCUACCGAAUAUCAUUCUUGAUCACAGUGAGCCGAUGGUAGAUUCUCUGGUUAAAGAGGGCAAAAUGCAGAAUGAUGUGCGAAAAGAUGAUGCGGAUGAGGUUCUAACAGAUUGCAUAAAAGAAAAGAGGAUUGAGACACUAGAUGAAGAAGAUGUCAAUAAUGAAAAAGUGGAUAUUCCAACUCAUCUAGAGGUCAGCAAGGAGGAGAGGAAAGGUAAAGAGACUAAUCUGCCAGCUGCUGAGAUUGUGUUAAGGCCAUGCAACCCUAACCAAGGUCAAACACCUGAUGCAACUGGUUUGGAAAGGAACACCCCACUACAGAAGCAAACCCCCCUUGCUGAGGAACAGGCCAAGGUAAAUGCUGCUGCAGUGCAGCAGAAAGUCCUGAAAGCAUGCCAAAAUUUCCUUGCAAAAUCAGAUGCCUCCUCAUCAUCUGAAGAUGAGGAUGAUGACAAGAAUGAGGUGGAGAAGCGUGAGUCUGUAGCCUUAAAAUUCUACUCGGGCCUUUUCUCAAUGAACCCUGAAUUAAAAAAUUACUAUGAGAAGAACCAUGUCAAGGGGGAGUUCUUCUGCUUGGUAUGUGCAGCAAUUGGCAAGAGGACAUGGAAGAGGUUUGGGGAUUGCAAUGGACUUGUGCAGCACUCAUUGUCUAUCGCUAAUACAAAGAGAAAAUGGGCCCACCGGGCAUUUGGGAAGGCUAUCUGCCAAGUGCUUGGCUACGACGUUAAUGAGAAUCUGACUGUCAUUAUUGCUCCUAAAGAGUCUCAAGCGCAACCUUUAGAAAAACCUGCCAACACAGGAUGACACAAAGCCAAGAUGGCAAAUGGCAACGCUGAUUGCUAACAGGAAAAACUGCAGUAUUGUUUUUUUUUUUUUGAGCGGGAAACUGCAGUAUCGUUGAUGCUAUGAGAACAAUUGUGUAGAGUUAAACGAGCCUUGCUGCUUUAGGAAUCUCCAUCUUUAAUUUAAAGUAACCUAGUGCAGGACUGUGAAUAAUGAACGUUAGCUGUCAAGUUUUAGUUAUUUAGCGCAUUGGUUCUUCGGUUUCAGUAAAUCUAGUGAAGGGAAAAGUACUUCAUAAAUGA